AUGAUCGGCCAUGCGUGUCUAGCUCGCCGAUUCCAUCGCAUAUUCGGAAUAUCUGACGGUGCCCUCCUUGGGCGUGCAAGAAGGGCUUCCCAAACGCGCUUCAAUUCAUCGUUGACCUCGCUGACUACUUCCUCGGACGCCCCCAAUGAUGAGGACAAUGCAACCUAUGGAAGACGCACUCGCCAAGUAUACUGGUUCAGCCCGGAUCUAAAGUCCCCGAGCGUCGAGCUUCCCUCCGGAAAGCAAUGCUUUGUCUUCAACGCAAAAAGAGAUCAAGAUGGCGAGCUGGAGCCUGUCCUGUGCUUUGUGGACCGGCACGGGAGACGACUGAUGUGGAUGGACGCGGAGGAACUUCGUGAAUUUGAAAAACUCAUACCUCGUCUUGAAGAAUAUUUCAAGUUGUACUCACCAGACGAGAAUUUCGGGACAGACGCGCACGCCACAAACGAUUGA